AUGAAACCCAAAGUAAUCAAGGCUCCAAAAUUCAAGAAAAGUGUCCUAGAGCCGUCUCCCAAUCUGACCCCAAGUUUGCCUUUUAUGUUUCCAGUCAGUACGCAAGAAGAUGAAUGCUCGACCACUAGCUCAUCAGAUCUAAAAUCAAGCGGAGAAAGGAGCGAGACUUUAGAAAAGAACACAACUCAGACCAGCUUUAAUAAAGAGCUAGCCAAAAUAAAGCCAAGUUUAAAAGGAAUAAUGGACAGAAAUCCUAUAAAAAAUAAACGACAGAGGAAUCGAUCUCCUGAAGUUAAUGUUUUGGCUGAAGGCUGUGGAUUGCCAUAUCAAAGAAGAGCACGAAGUUCUUCGCCUCCAAGAGAAUCUUUAAAAGUCUUCGAGAGAAAGAACUUUUUGCCUUUCGCAGUGAGGAAGCCAGUAAUCCCAAUUGUAAAUAGAAGAUAUAAAGAUGAGUUUUCUGGGAUUUGCCCUGAAGAAAGUCUGCAUAAGAAGCUAGAAGAAGACGAGGACGAAGAUUUAAAAGCAAUCAAAGAAAACUAUUGAAAAUUACUAGAAGCUGCGCCAAGGCCAGAGAUGCAGAAAUGCAUUGCUGAGGAGUGGGAUGAAGAAGACGAGCUUGACAAUAUAGAAAACCUUAUCAGUGGGAAUAGGAAAAAACUUCUUGGAUUGUAUUAG